AACGAGUGCGCCCGAGUUCAACCCCCGGCCCUAGCAGAGCGCUGAGUGCCUCCCACCAGAGGCCAGAGUGCCGUGCCCGAGUCCCACAGGUACCCGGCGGGCGAGGGGCGGCAGGUGAUCAGGGGCGGCGGCCGCAGAGGGCGACGCGGCGCCUCACGUGCUCGUCGACUGUAAACAAAUCUCAGCUGGAGGAGGACGUGUCCCCGCCUCUCUCCUUGGCAUUGGGCACCCCUCGCCUCGCCGCUGGGCACAAACAUGCCCUCGGCACCAGGACUGUAGAAUAAGCAUUUGGACUCAAGAGAGUUAUCAGUUGGGCAGAGGAAGAUCCAACCACAGCCAUGUGUGGUGAACGCUGCCAUAUUGUGUGUUCGCAGUGGAGGCUGUGGAUCAGGCCGCUUGUGUUCUUUUUGUAUGGUGUGAUUAUCUUGGGCUUUGUCCCCUAUCUGGUGUACACAUUGGUUAUUCAAGGAAUAGACACAUUCCUAAUAGCAUGGCUAAUUGGAGGAAUCUUUGUGUUCAUGGCUAUUCCCAUAACAAUAUGGGAAAUAGUCCAGCAUCUCAUCAACUACACCAAGCCCAAACUACAAAAACAUAUUAUCAGGAUAUUGUGGAUGGUACCAGUGUAUGCACUCAAUGCGUGGCUGGUGUUGGGUUUUCCAAAAUGGGCCCCCUAUCUGGAUGCAGCGAGGGAGUGCUACGAAGCCUACGUCAUCUACAAUUUCAUGAUGUUCCUCUUGAAUUUCCUGGAUGACGAAAUGGACCUCGAUGCGACAAUGGAGACCAAGCCACAGACAGAGCAUUUCUUCCCACUGUGUUGCCUCAAACCGUGGAGGAUGGGGAGGGAGUUUAUCCACCGCUGCAAGCACGGCAUCCUACAAUACACUGUAUUCCACCUCAUGACAACGUUUGUAGCCUUCGUUUGUGGUCAGGCUGGAGUGUAUGAAGAAGGAAAAUUGUCUCCCACAAAUGCAUUUGUGUACUUGUUUGUGGUGAACAACUUGUCGCAAUUUGUGGCCAUGUACUGCUUGGUGUUGUUCUACAAGGCCAUGAGGAGAGAACUUGACCCUAUGUCGCCUCUUGCAAAGUUCUUGUGUAUCAAAGCCGUUGUCUUCUUCUCAUUCUUUCAAGGUGUGGCCAUCAUGUUCCUUAUGAAAGCACAGUUCAUGCAUAACUUGUUUGGAAUAGUUGAUGACAGUCCAGAGAGUGAAGCAAAGGAGAGGAAGACUGCUAGUAUCCUUCAGAAUUUCCUGAUCUGCAUAGAGAUGUUCAUUGCUGCCGUGGCGCACCAUUAUGCCUUCUCCUACAAACCUUACAUGGACGAAGAGUACGAGACGGGCAACUGCUGCCACACUUUCCUCCUUAUCUGGGACAUUUCGGAUGUGCGUUCCGAUAUCAGGGAGCAUGUUUAUGUCGUCAGUGAAGGCAUGAAGCGGCGCCUAACUUCACGAGGGGGGGGAUGGCCAGGGGGAGCCACUGCAGUGGGGGGGAGUAACGGGGGAGACGAGCACACGCGCCUAAUUGCCCCCCAUGCCCACUCCGGCUCUCAGGGCACGCAUCGCUACAUGUCCACUUCAGACUCGGAGCACGACAUUGUCAUCGAACAGGGCGAAGGGAUCAGACCCAGAAGACAUGAAAGCCAUAUGACACCCAACAGUCCCUCGUCCCGGCACUGUGGUAUAAAGCGGGUGAGGGUGUCACUUCGUGUUGGAGAAGCACUACGCCGCACACUCCUACACAGGUAGACAAGAACCAAGCUUGGUCUAGUGAGAGUAUUUUGUGUGUGUGUCUGUGUAUGUCUGCUACACAGGCUUCAGAUUUUGUAUUCUAUUUUGUUAGUAUUUUUGCUAUUAUGGUUACAGUCUUUUAGAUGAGAGAUGAUUUCUGGGGCUUCAUCUGAUGUGAAAGUGAAUUUGACUUCUGCUUAGAAAUGCAUGGAUUGGCAGUGAGAUUUGUGCAACCGUUGCAUUUUCCCUUCUCCUCUCCUCUCAUUUUUAACUCCUUGUUUAGAAGUGGAAAUGUAGUUUAGUAGAUAAGAUGUCUGUAUGAAACUGAAGUGUUAAAAUACCAAAGCUGUAUAUGUAUAUUAAAAGUGCCCAUGAUGUUAGCUUAAAAAGUAUCUCUUAUAAAUCUUAUCAUAUAUUUACCAGUAACUUGUAGCUAGUCAAAAAUGUAAUUUUGUAGCUCAUAAGGAAAAAUAACAAAUCACAUUUUACUCUUAGAAAUAUUUCUUUUUUAUAAGGAAAUGUAUUUAUUAUAUACAUUAAACCACUUGCCUCCAGACAGAAAAUUUUGUUGUCGUAUAUUAUCUUAUGGAAGGAAGACUACAGAAUGUAGUGAGCAAGAGCCAGAUGUUGAUAUGACUUCCAAAAGUUAUUUUUGGAUAAGUAUUGUGAUUCAAGAAAUAAGUGGAUGGUAACAAAGGUGAAAUCAGCAUAUGUAAUGAGAUUUAUUAGAUACUUAUUUAAUUAACUUAAGGAAUAAUGUAUUUUGUUUAGGCAAGAAUCCUGAAUCUACAUUCUUUAAUCUAUAUACGAUAUUUAUACUGAUUCAGUAUGGCAACCAGCAUUGGAUUAUUAUACGUCACACUUGAUGAAAUAGGCAUUAGGCAGUGCAGAUGAAAAGCAAAAUACAGGACCAUAUAUCAAAAAGAUGAAGUUCCUAGAUUAUCCAGACAUGUCUCAUGUAUACGAGUUAAGGCACAUAACAAAAUUUACAAUAUUAAAUGCACCACAGUUUAUCCUUUUAUGUACAUGCUGAUUUAACAGUUGAUAUGAGCUGGAAUCAUUUAUCACUUCUCAUCAAGUUUUUAUUUUCGGUUACAGAAGAUAUAUAAAAUAAAAGUCAAGGUUCUGCUUUCCUUGCUAUGAACAUUGAUGGAUUGUCAAAGUAUUGUACUUAGUGUAUAAUGAAUAAUGUGAUGCCAAAGGCGGUGUUGAUCUUGGACUGUGAGAAUAUUUUACUUAAAUAAUUCCUAAUAUAUAUAUAUAUAUCAGUAAUAUAAAGGCAACAUUGAGGUUACAGAUUAACGAGGAAUAGCAAUUCUUAAGAAUUAAAGAUUCUUAAGAGGUAAUGAUUAAAGUUAAGGAAUAUUAUUAUUUUUCCUUUCCUUUGUUUCUUUUUAUUCUAAUGUAUUUAUUUAUAUAUUUAUCAGUUUUAUUUGUCAUUGUUUGUCAAAAGAUUUUCUGUGUAAAUAUUUCACAAAACAUACACACAAAAAUUUGUAAAAGAAUAUUUUCAAAUAUUUGUAUUUGUAGUAUCUGUUAACUUUUCCUAUUUUAAAUUAAAACACAUAAAUUAGAUAUUGUGUCUAGACCCUAAACAGUGCUGUAAUAAUCACAAUUAAUUAAUGUACCUGCAGAUAGGUUUUCAGGUUCAGGGGAUAUUGGUAAAUAAUCAUCUUGCAUGAGUUAGCAUGGUGAUUUUUCCCCCCAUUUUAUGUUUUGUUAGACUCUUUUUAUCAGCUGCUAAUAUAUAAGAGAAAAUUACUUUAGUUUUAUUGCAAUAUAUACCAAAACAACCCCAUUGUCCUGUCAAAAAGAUUCAAGGUAAGAAGUAGUCUACAGUGUUAAAGUUUUGGAAAAGAGUUCUCUGUUAUUUUUACCUUAUUCAUCAUAAUUCACAAACAAGUUAACUUACUGUCUACUGUGAUUUUGUUUUACUAAUUCUGUUUGCAUGGACGUGACUUCUACAAGGGCAUGUUCACUUAGAAGUUAGUUACUAAACCUACCUGUCCUUACCCAUGAAUGCCAUUCCUUGAAUUUUGAGAAAGAAGAUUGUAACUUUAUUACUAUUAUUACAAUUCAUAUUAUAAUGAUAAUGAUGAUGGUAAUGAUCAUAUUAAUGUUAAGAACAAUUAUGAUAGUAUUAGAAAUAUAAACUUUUCAUGAGAACUCAAGGAAUGGGAUUAAUAGGCAAGAUCAUGUUGGCCUGGUAAUUUACUCCUGAGUGUUUUUUUGAUGUUAUCUCAAAGUAAACAAAACAAAACAGAGCAAAAAUACAAUGGCUUUCCAUGUACCUAGCACCAGUGGGUUAACUUAUUGGUACCAGGUACGUGUACUGUCCACUGUAGUUUUGUUUUGUGAAUUUUGUUUGCACACAGAAGGUUCUACAAUUGCUAAGCCAUCACAGAGUCAAGAUGUAUGUCCUAUGUAACCUCACCUGAAUUCCCUUUUCCUUCAGUUUUUUUCAGAAAAGUUUUUCCUAAUGCUAUUGAUGUCAGUGCUGUUAUUAUUAUUAUGGAUGUCAUGAUUAUGACAAUUCAGUUAAUAAUGCUAUUAGCAAUAAACAGGUUGGGUGACAUCUAUGUGUAAAAAAAAAUUGAUAAAAUAAAAUCACAGUGGGCAUAAAACAUAUGCCAUGUCACCCUGGCAUCAGUGGGUUAAUUUAAUGUAUUUAGAAGAGAUAUGCCAAUACCAAUACUGGCUCUAGUGCCCACUUUUCAACUGAUACUCUGAUAUUCUGAUACUAACCAAUGGAUAAUGAUGCUUAGAUAACAGUAUCAAUACAACUAUUUUGAUUUUUAUUAAUAAUUUAUCUGUGAUUAUUAAGAAUAAAACUACAUUCACAUGCACUUCAGAAACAGGGAAGCUAGAUACAAGUAAUUCAUGAAUUUGAAAGUCAUGUAUUAUUUGAACCCAAGAACUAUAUGUAUUUGUGGCCUUUUAUAUAGUAUCCACCAGAUUAUUUAGCUUGAGAAUCAGUACCCUGGUAGUUUUGACAUUCUAGUAUCUAUAUCAACUACCAACAUGAAAUUGUCUUGAGUCAUGUAAUAAAAGCAAACAGAAAAGUAAAAAUGAAAAAGCAGUAUUUUUACCAUGUCAGUACCUGUACCAAAACACAAAAAACUACUAUAUACCUAAUACUGUUGGCACAUCUAUAGUAAGCAGUGCUCAAAUUAUCAUAAAACUGAAAUGAAAUCAUCACAUAUUAAUGCUUCAAAAAGAGAAACUGUAGGAAAUAAAAUUCACAUUGAAUUUACUAAUAUGUUGCCUAAGUAGCUGACUAUGUACUCAUGUUAUGGAACUAAUUUUAUAGAGCAUUGGAAAUGGAAUCCAGUAAUGCAAAACAUGUAGUUUCAAGAAGUUUCUUUUAGAAUAUAGUCAGCUUAAGGUUUGGAAUCUGUAUGUAUUAUCACAAAGUAUGAGAAUAUUUAUCUACCAAAGAUAUAGUGUCUAGAAAUUUAUCCAUGAUCCAUUUUUAUUUAGAUUGUGCUUGUGAAAUAUUAUGUAAGAAGACAUAAUCUGGCAUUAUGUAGUGACUUAUUCAGCAUGGUAAAAGCUGCUUGUUCAUCAUAACUUUUAAAGAUAUGAGUAUUUUUCCACCUCUAAUUUUUUUUUUUUUAUUGUAGAUAUUCAUUUUUUUACCACUAUCCCUAAACUCCACCCUUUGGAACGUGGUAAAAUUAAAUUAGAUUUAGAUAAAUGCAACCAUAUUUUAAAGUUAAUAAUGUAUAGUUUAUUAGAAUCACAUUUGUCUUGGAUUUGAAAUAGAAAUAGAGAUGAAUUUUGAUGGUGAUAAAGAAAAUAUGAUAAAUUUACUCGAAGCAUAUUUAUAAUUCAUACUUUCCAUAAACAAAAGUUCCCCUGUUUCAUCUGCAUGAGGAGGGUCCACACAAUUUUCAUUAAAGAUUAAUCAAGCACCACUGAAUAGUUUUCAUUGUUUAUGGAUACUUUGUGGACUGACUAUUUGGUACAUUCCAGUGUACAAUCACUGGGCAUUAUGACAUUAGGGAUGUCAGUGAGAGAUAGUCUGGUUCAAAUAAAAAGAAACUAUCAUAAGGGAGACUGAAUCUGAAUGGAGAAGAUGAAGGAGUUUGUCACUGAAAAUGUAAGUUCACAGUUUUUGCCACUUCAUCACCACCAAAAUGUGUUUUCAAAAAAAUAACUUGAUAUCAACAAUGGGUCUUGUAUAAUAGACAAGCAAGUUAAGUAAAGUUAUACCUUUUCAGUGUGUUUCAGAAUAUGUUCAACAUUACUGGUAAUAUAUAAGUGAAUAGUACACAUUUAGUACAAUUGUUGCAGUAAUUUCAUUGAAAUAUACAGUAUGUUUAAAAUUUGAAUAUAUUUUGUUAAAAGAAAUAUAUGCAUUAUAUGUGAAUUACUGUGGAUUAGCAGGAGACUACUCCAUAAAACUAUUGUUAAAGAAAAUAUUUUUCUUGAUUACUAAUGCUUUGUUUUCCUUAUUAGUAUGACUCCAUGUUGCUUAUGUGAUUCUAUUGAUGUUUCAGUUAAAAUGCUCUUAUCAAUAAAAUAUAUCAAUGUUU